GCUGCCUGUGUUGUGCACCGACGCUUAUUUCCUCUCUGCCUAUUUUGCACAACAAAAAUGGAAAGAUUUUAACUAACCCCUUUAUUUUUUUUUUACAAAACUAUGAAGUGCGGACACAUUGGAUAAGGAGAGGCAUUAUUUUAUGAACGUAGUAAGUGUGACCAGUCCAUUGGAAGAAUGGAAACCCUCAUUCCCACCAUCAACAGGCUGCAGGAGGUCUUCCUCACAGUGGGUGCAGAGAGCAUACAGCUGCCGCAGAUAGUCGUGGUUGGAUCCCAGAGCAGUGGAAAGAGCUCCGUGUUGGAAAGUCUGGUUGGACGGGAUUUUUUGCCUCGGGGAUCAGGAAUAGUCACAAGACGACCCCUCGUGUUGCAGCUCAUUAAUGUUUCCCCUCUGCAGGAGAGACUGAAGAUUGAGAAUGGAAAUGGGGUAAAACUAAAUGUCCAAAACAGCUACCCAGGUGUCAAAGCUGAAGAAUGGGGUACAUUCCUGCACUGCAAGAACCAGAUCUUCUCAGAUUUUCAGGAAAUUCGUCGGGAAAUCGAAGCAGAGACUGAGCGAAGUUCAGGCGACAACAAGGGAAUCAGUCCCGAGCCAAUCUAUUUGAAGAUAUACUCCCCCAAAGUGAUGAAUCUCACCCUUGUGGAUUUACCUGGAAUUACUAAGGUUCCUGUCGGGGAUCAGCCAGAAGACAUUGAGAAUCAAGUACAAGAGAUGAUCUUGUCCUUCAUCUCAAAUCCAAACUCACUCAUACUUGCUGUCUCUCCUGCCAACUCUGACUUGGCUACCUCUGAUGCCCUGAAGUUGGCUCGUGAGGUUGAUACAGAUGGGCGCCGAACACUGCUGGUAGUCAGUAAGCUGGACCUGAUGGAUGCAGGGACAGAUGCACUGGAAGUCCUUCUGGGUCGAGUCAUUCCAGUCAGACUUGGGAUCAUUGGGGUAGUAAACAGGAGCCAGCAUGACAUCAAUACCCAGAAGAGCCUGGAGGACUCAAUAAGGGAUGAGCAGGCCUUCUUGCAGCGCCACUACCCCUCUCUUGCCUCCCGCGCUGGCUCCCGCUAUCUGGCCAAAACUCUCAGCAGGCUUCUAAUGCAUCACAUCCGGGACUGCCUGCCUGAUCUCAAAACCAGAGUGACUGUGCUGAGCUCCCAGUACCAGGCAAGGCUCAACAGCUAUGGCCAGCCAGUAGAAGACCACAGCGCCACACUGCUGCAGAUUGUCACAAAGUUCGCCAGCGAUUACUGCAACACCAUCGAGGGAACAGCCAGAUACAUUCAGACCACAGAGCUCUGCGGCGGUGCUCGGAUGUGUUACAUAUUCCAUGAGACCUUUGGUCGCACUCUGCAGUCCAUCGAUCCCCUGGGAGGGCUGACUGAGCUUGACAUCCUCACUGCCAUCCGCAAUGCUACGGGUCCGCGGCCAGCACUUUUCGUGCCUGAGGUGUCCUUUGAGUUGCUGGUGAAGCGGCAAAUUAAGCGACUGGAGGAGCCCAGUCUACGCUGUGUAGAGCUUGUUCAUGAAGAGCUGCAGAGGAUCAUCCAGCACUGCUCCUCCUAUAGCACACAGGAGCUCCUACGUUUCCCCAAACUGCAUGAUUCCAUUGUGGAAGUGGUGACCGGAUUACUGAGAAAGCGCCUGCCGAUAACUAAUGAUAUGGUUCAUAAUUUAGUAGCAAUAGAGCUGGCCUACAUCAACACCAAACAUCCAGACUUUACGGAUGCAGCACAGGUCUCAGCCACUGUCAACAGUCAGCAGGCAGAGGGCCUCGAUGGAGGGAAGCGCUGGAAGAAUGAGAAGGUAGCAGAAGAGAAAGCCCCUGCUGCAGCUUUUGGCAGUCCCAGCAAAGGCCAGGCCAUUAACCUCCUUGACACAGCAGUGCCUGUGGCCCGCAAGCUGAGUUCUAGGGAGCAGAGGGACUGUGAGGUCAUCCAACGCCUCAUCAAGUGCUACUUCCUCAUUGUCCGCAAAAGCAUCCAAGACAGUGUGCCCAAGACUGUGAUGCACUUCCUGGUCAACUUUGUGAAAGAGCAUCUGCAGAGUGAGCUGGUGGGUCAGCUUUACAAACAGCAACUGCUGCAGGAGCUGCUCAUUGAGUCACAGGACACGGCACAGCAGCGUACAGAGGUUGCGCAAAUGCUGGAGGCGCUCAAAAAGGCCAAUAACAUCAUCUCAGAGAUCCGGGAGACCCAUCUGUGGUAGCCGGAGCAUACCAACAAAUCCCCAGUCAUAGGACAGCUUUGAGAGUAUGAGAGUGUAUGUGAGUUUACAGCACUGAAGGCAAAUGUCCGUGUGUGUGUGUGUGUGUGUGUGUGUGUGUGUGUGUGUGUGUGUGUGUGUGUGUGUGUGUGUGUGUGUGUUGUGCUUGCCAUGUGUAGCAGUACCACUGUGCUCUCAUGGACCAAUGACCAUAGAACAUUAAGAUGUCUUUUAUUCCUGUCAGCUGUCGCCUGACUGAUAAACUGGGGCUGUCGAUUUUCACUGUAAACGUGUUCGUUGUGACAGAAAUUAAUUACAAACUCAGGCGGAAUGUGUCAUUUGUAUAGUUGAAAUAAGAACAACACAGCCGAGAACAAAAUCAUUCUUGAAACAAAAUGUUUGUAGGGUAUAAGGUUGCUGCUGUAAUUGUAAAAUAUAGAUGUUAUGUUGAGUAUUUGUGUUGAUCUCAAGGCUGCUCUCUCUCUCUCUUUUUUUUUUGUGAUCAAAAUGUGUUCCAUUCCACUCUCUCCUUUAAAAAAAAAAAAAAAAGAAAACCUGGCUUCUCUGAGCCACUACAGCAGGUGCUAAAAUGAUGUUAGAUUAGAUGUGUUCCAACUUAAAUCCCCCAGCUUCAGAUAAUUCACCAGAUUUAGAAAUGAAAUUCAUACUCAAUCGAUGCAGACUGCAAUGCAACACUGUAGACAGUGCACAGUCAUUUACAGAACUCCGAGGAUGGUGAAUGCAGAUUGUCUUUUUUUUUUUUUUUUUCCUGCUUAUCAAAAAUAUUUAUUUCUCAAAGACACAUUUACAUAUCGACUCAUUAGACUGUUGCACUGACCUUUUAGUGUGAUGUGUACUGAUGAACAAAGAGACCAAACAUUCCCUGCAUACAUUUUCCUCCUUAGUUUAUAUAAAGUUUAAAAAGAAUUCCCACGUAGAUUUGAAAACCUUUCCUGUGAAUUGUAUAUAUAAGCUUAAGUACUUAGAGAACAGAAAUUAAUUCUAUGAUUAUAAAAGGUGUAUAAAUAGUUGAGAUUAUGCUAGGGGAUUAGGCACUGCAACAUUUGAUCGAUUUAAAAUCACGAUAGUAGAAAUGCAAUUUUCUGUAGCUUCAUUUCCUUUCUUUGAACCAUUUCUUCACUAGUUUCCUGUUAGGAUCAAAUUCUCAAUCACUCAUCCCUGUCCAGUAGUCAGGACACUUCUGGAGUAUAAGAGAGUCGUUAUGCAGAUAUCAACCUGCAUGCAAUUUCCCCCCCAACUUUAGCUUACAUCUAAAGUUAGCCAGAUUUCAUUUCUUCUGUGCCAUCAGUCAUUUUAAUGUGUAAUGUUGCUUGACGUGAGCUAAUUGUUCAUCUUUUUCCAUCUGUUCCCAACUGAAACUGUUGUUACGCCAAAUUCCUCCCUGCAGCGCUGUCGUGUUUAAUGUGAAUCUCUUAUCAUAACCAAAACAAAUCACAGUCCUCAAACAUAGGCUUUGACAGAAGACCUGCCUUAACUGGACCAUCAAAAAGUUGCUUCUCUGUGUGAUCAUGGAGCGAACACAACAUUUUGUCAGUCAGUCUCUCUGAAAGCCUCGGUGUACGUUAGCAUGUGUGUGAUCAUUGUGCAUGUGUGGCCGUAUGAAUGACUCCAUUGUGUAUAUUUUGUAUUAUUUAAGUAUAUAUUAUUAUCAAUGUGUACUGUCUACUGCCUCUGAGUUCUUGCCUGCCAAUGUUUGAUACAUGUUUACUGAUUGAAGUCUGCUGAGAUUAGGGCAACUCAUUAAACCCUAACAAAGGACA